AUUCAUGUUCUCUCUCGUUAAUAUGUUCUGAAAAUAAAGUGUCGGUCGUUACUUGAUUCGGUUACGCUGGGAAAUAGUUGUUUGUUGCUUCAGAUCCGUGGAUACGGCGUCGUUGGAGGGUUUGGAUUUUCUGUCUCGUGACUAUUUGAAUCGAUUGAUGAGUGUGGUUUGUUUGUGAAUUGCUGUUUCGUGGCUUUGGUUUUUUUAAUUUCAAUUUGGAAUUGUUUUGUGUGUUGGGAGGUAGGUGGAGUGGUGAAUUGUGGAUGAGUUUAGUUUCGGUGCUACUAUUGAUUUCAAAUUCCACUGUUGAAUGAUUCCUUGCAUCUUCCAAUUGGAAUGAAUAAGAAUAGCUUUGAUUCUCAGAUCAGUGAUGACUAAGUUAUCACUGGCAAUCUGGCAUCUAGAUUCCUCUAACAAAUAUGAGGGGAGAUGUUUUAUAACUUGACGUGGUCGAAUUGUGUUGAUUGAAUAAUUAAACCGUGUUUUCCAUGUUUUUCCUAUCUCAGUGUAUGCUUCCUGAAAGAGUUACCACUGCUGGGCAGUAUUUUAUUAGUGUUGGAUUAACCCUGUUUUUUACUGUCUAUUUAUGUCAUUAUAUGUAUUGGAGGCUUCGAGUGGAUGCUUUUUUGAGUCGGUUCUUUGAAUGUGAGAGAAAACUCGCAAAAUUGAGUGCAGUGGUGAUGGACUUGGGCACGUGUUGUCUGCACCUGUACACCCAGAUUCAAGCAAAAUAUUAGCAUAACUUAACACAUCUGUUGCCAUGGACAUGGAUACUGAAAAUAACGAUGUGGUUGAUGCUCACAGAGAAACAAGCUUUAUAGAUGGUCGUAACAACAGAGUUGCUCUUUUUGAUGGUAUUGAGGAGGGUGGCAUCAGAGCAUCGUCUCUUUACUCCUCAACUUCUUCCCAUGAAAUUGAUGAACAUGAUAAUGAACAAGCAUUGGAUGGAUUGCAAGAUAGAGUUAAUCUGCUGAAAAGAUUGUCAGGUGAUAUAAAUGAGGAAGUGGAUAGUCAUAACCGGAUGCUGGAUCGUAUGGGAAACGAUAUGGAUUCUUCGAGAGGAGUCCUCUCAGGCACUAUGGAUAAAUUCAAAAUGGUAUUUGAGACAAAAUCCAGCCGAAGAAUGUUUUCACUUGUAGCAUCCUUUGUCGUGCUUUUUCUUAUAAUAUACUAUCUGACUAGGUAAUUGGUCUUUCACGCACUUGUCAGCUUUAUGUUAGAUCGAAAAGGAGGCUACUCGCACUAUUCCUGUAAUUAGCGUUACUUGUAAGAUUUUCCUUAUGUUUGUAUAAAGACUUUGCUGUUUCGUUUAAUCCAACGAGUAAUGUCCAUAUCCAGUUUGUACAAGAAAAUAAAAACCAGUUUGUGCAUAUUUUCUCUUUGGUUUA